CACCCAUCGGGAAAGGUGUUUAUAUCUAUCUAUCUAUCUAUCUAUCUAUCUAUCUAUCUAUCUAUCUAUCUAUACCCAUCCUCAUUCACAGUCCGUGGGCUGGUUUCAAAUAAUUUUACCAACCCCAGCAAAAAAAAAAAAAGGACUUCUUCCCCAAACUCCUAUAACACUAGCUGUGGUGAUUGUAAGACGUAUAUCCUAUAUAGGGUUGUGCAUGGUCUAGACGCGCAGUGUCACCGUUUCAUUUCACUGUGCUCUGAUUUGUAGUGAGCCAAUCUUAAUUCAUAUUGAUCGCUGCCUUUCCAUUUACAAAAACAAAGUACCAGCGUCUUUUUUUCCAUUUUGUACAGCAAAGUACCGCAGCAGCACGUCUGUCCUCAUAGCAUUUAAAAAGGCCUGUGCAUUUCCAAACAUUGUUGUAGUCCUUCAUUUUUUUAUUUUUUUUAUUUUUUACUUUUUGUUUGUUUGUUUGUUUGUUUUUAAAAUUUCCGAAUCUUAAGUUACAAGAGAGGAGAUCUCCCCCUCCCGUUUCAGCACCAGGACGUCCGGUGCGUGGUUAGCAGAUCUUGUGUGAGUUGUGGAGGUGCUGAAGAAUACGAUUCUACGAGAGUCACGAUGAGUACACGAGGCGAAGCAGCCGGUCAGUCCUCCGCAGCACAGGAUCAACCUGCAGCACCGGAGCCUCAGAAGAGAGGUCGGGGCAGACCGAGGAAACAGCAGCAAGAACCAACUGGAGAGCCUGCUCCUAAACGGCCAAGGGGGAGACCUAAAGGAAGCAAAAACAAAGGCCCCUCCAAAGCAGCUCAGAAGGAAGCUAAUGACGCUUCUUUGAAAAUGGCUGCCUAUAUGGAUGAUUCGAGAUCAAGCAUUGUUUUGGUUCGUCUUUUCUCAGCAAAAGCAGAGGCCACAGGAGAAAAGAGACCCAGAGGCAGACCCAGGAAAUGGCCACAGCAAGUGGUCCAAAAGAAGCCUGCUCAGGAAGAAGCCGAGGAGAGUUCCUCGCUCGACUCUGCCGAGGAGGAUUAAGAAACCACAGCAUGUGCCUUCUACCUCAUUCAGCAGCCACGUCUUUCGAAGGGGAAAGACACGGCCUUGACCACUUAUUUUCGAUUUCUAUGGUCUUUCCACUUUCUUUUUUUUUUGCCUGGGAAAAAAAAAUAAAAAAAUCACACAUAAAACCUCAAACACACACACACACUCACACACACACACACACACACACACACACACACACACACACACACACACACACACACACACACACACGGCUUUUUUACUUAACCACCUUCUCUUGUCUUUGCAGUCCCAAGGGUUAGUGAAAAAACUAAACAACUGCUGUAGCACAGGGAGUAAGGAUUGAAAAUGCAACCUUUAAUUACUGUUCCCUCUUCUUAAUCUAUCAAUGGAGUUCGUUUGGGCUGCUACAUCAGGGUGAGUGGGUCGGCUUUGAAUCCGGUUUAGUCAUUCACUGCACUGCGUAAAAACAAGGAAACUCAAAACAUACGUGGUUAAUUAUAUGGCCAUUCUUAGAGGAAAAGCAUAAUGUAUGUCAAUGUAUAGGCCUUAAAUAGCACCAGCAACCCACUCCCUAACUUAGUAAAAAUAGAACACCAAAGAUGAGGGGAUAGAUUGCUCUUUUGUUCUAGAAUUUUUUUUAUUUUCAUUUUUUUACUUGAUAUAUAUUCACUUGCUGUAAUUUUGGAUUGAACUUUAGGGCUGAAUUGUCACUUAAUUUUGCUAAUAAUAGAAUCAUGUAAAUAGUUCCAUACAGUCCCAGGGAAAAACAGUGAGUGUUCCACACACUCUGUCACGCACAAUCACACUCACACACAAUCGCACUCACACUUACUCACACACACAAAACACGGACACACUCAAUCAGUGAAUGAGCUGUCGUAAAAGUUGUCUGCAGGAACAAAAAAAUGACUAAGGCAGAAUCUUUCUCAGGUCAGUUAUAAGAACAGAAUAUUUUCGCUAUUUAAAAAAAAAACGGGGUUUGAAACCAAGACACCUCUGAUUUACCCUACGUACUGUAAUCACAGUGACUGCAGCUAAACUGAAAGCUUUUGAACAAUUUGGCUCUGGAGAAAACGUCCACCUUUUCACAGUUUGAAAGGGAAUUCCACAUCCUCAUUAUUCAGUCUCAUUUCGAGUACAUUUUACCUCAAGACAGUGACGUAUGAUUUCAGCGAUACCGUGCCAUAGGAAGACUUGCUCACGGUAAUGCAGUUUGUAACACUUUUAGUGUCUGAUGCAAUCCACUAUUUCAAACUACCUCUGAUUAUUACAGUAGUAAUUACUCGCUGCUAUACACAUAUAAUGCAGGAACUCAUUGUGGGCAGUUUAACCCUGAUGCCUGGGAUCUUCUCAUUCUUUUUUUUACACUACAAUUGCAACUAAGGGAACAAUAGCUGAAGCGCUGUUGUAAUAUUAACCGUCUAACAAGAUGCCUUCCUCCAUUCUUCACAGCUAGGACUUCUGUGUAAUGUAUUGUUAACUUGAAUAUAUUUUUGUACUGAUUUACUCAUAGUUUUAAGCAUCAGGUUCUUGUUUGACACUACAUGAAAUAAUUUUAACCUGUAAUGUUUUGCUUUUUUAACAUUUUUUUUUACUGUACCUCAUAAAAAUUGUUGAAAAGAAAUUGACUAAUCAGUUGACAAAGACCUACCUCCAGUCAUUUAAAAAAAAAAGAUUUGUAUUGUAACUUUCAGCAUUUUCUUUUUUUCCUGACGAUGUUAUCAAAACAUUAUUAGGAUUGCAACUGAUCCCUCAUCAAACUGUUUUUGUAACAGAAAUAUGUCUGAAACAAGUACAUUUCAAAUCAAGUGAGAAAAAAAAUAAAAAUAAAACCUUCAAAGAAAACUUGAAGCUUUGUAGGUAUGACAGCCCGAGCUCAGCUUUUGUAUAAUGCAAUAAUGAACAUGUUUUAAAUGAGUAGACACAUGCCAGAUAUACUUGAUCAGUGAUCUCAUGCACACAAAUGUGAUUUUGUAAUAUGGUUCAACCAGAUGUAUUUUUAAAAUGCUUAUUCCACUUUCUGCUCGUCAAUGUGGCAACUUGCAGUUAUUUUUUAACAUUGUAUUUUUUUUUUUACUAGGCCAGGGGUAGUAUCUCAGGAGGGCUUGUUCACACAGUAGGACUUCAGCGCUUAGCCACCAUACCACCAUAGCCUUGCAAUGCCUGGCUUCUUUAAGAGGUAUUUAUUGAGUACCUCUUUACACAUUACUGACUUAUACAAACCAUUGAGGUAAUGAUGCUCCUGUCACAGAGCUCCAAGGCAUUUGCAUUUUAUUUCAUAAAUAUACUUGAGUUCAACAAAAGCCUUUUUACCUUUUUUUUUCUUUACCUCAUUGUUGAAUGAAUGCAAAUCUGUGGCAGCCACUGUUGAUAUUGUAUAUAAUAUAUUUACACACUAUGGCUGCUUUAUUAGGAACUGUACCUAGUUUUGGGGUUUGGCUAUUGUUUGUUACAGCCUUGACACAACUUGAAAUCGACUCCACAAGGUGCUGGAAGGUGUCUUGAGGGAUGUUGAUCCAUUCAGUCAAUAAUAAUAUCAAUAAAAGCAUCAUGUUGUUCAUCCCAGACAUGCCUAAUUGGGUUGAGAGCCGAGGCCCGUCGUGCCCAUGGAAUAUGCUUGACGUCUCUGUCAUGCUUCUCAAACCAUUCGCUGGAAGAUGCUUGAUGUCUCUGUCAUGCUUCUCAAACCAUUCGCUGGAAGAUGCUUGAUGUCUCUGUCAUGCUUCUCAAACCAUUCGCUGGAAGAUGCUUGACGUCUCUGUCAUGCUUCUCAAACCAUUCGCUGGAAGAUGCUUGACGUCUCUGUCAUGCUUCUCAAACCAUUCGCUGGAAGAUGCUUGACGUCUCUGUCAUGCUUCUCAAACCAUUCGCUGGAAGAUGCUUGAUGUCUCUGUCAUGCUUCUCAAACCAUUCGCUGGAAGAUGCUUGACGUCUCUGUCAUGCUUCUCAAACCAUUCGCUGGAAGAUGCUUGACGUCUCUGUCAUGCUUCUCAAACCAUUCGCUGGAAGAUGCUUGACGUCUCUGUCAUGCUUCUCAAACCAUUCGCUGGAAGAUGCUUGACGUCUCUGUCAUGCUUCUCAAACCAUUCGCUGGAAGAUGCUUGACGUCUCUGUCAUGCUUCUCAAACCAUUCGCUGGAAGAUGCUUGACGUCUCUGUCAUGCUUCUCAAACCAUUCGCUGGAAGAUGCUUGACGUCUCUGUCAUGCUUCUCAAACCAUUCGCUGGAAGAUGCUUGACGUCUCUGUCAUGCUUCUCAAACCAUUCGCUGGAAGAUGCUUGACGUCUCUGUCAUGCUUCUCAAACCAUUCGCUGGAAGAUGCUUGACGUCUCUGUCAUGCUUCUCAAACCAUUCGCUGGAAGAUGCUUGACGUCUCUGUCAUGCUUCUCAAACCAUUCGCUGGAAGAUGCUUGACGUCUCUGUCAUGCUUCUCAAACCAUUCGCUGGAAGAUGCUUGACGUCUCUGUCAUGCUUCUCAAACCAUUCGCUGGAAGAUGCUUGACGUCUCUGUCAUGCUUCUCAAACCAUUCGCUGGAAGAUGCUUGACGUCUCUGUCAUGCUUCUCAAACCAUUCGCUGGAAGAUGCUUGACGUCUCUGUCUUGCUUCUCAAACCAUUCGCUGGAAGAUGCUUGAGGUCUCUGUCUUGCUUCUCAAACCAUUCGCUGGAAGAUGCUUGAUGUCUCUGUCAUGCUUCUCAAACCAUUCGCUGGAAGAUGCUUGACGUCUCUGUCAUGCUUCUCAAACCAUUCGCUGGAAGAUGCUUGACGUCUCUGUCAUGCUUCUCAAACCAUUCGCUGGAAGAUGCUUGACGUCUCUGUCAUGCUUCUCAAACCAUUCGCUGGAAGAUGCUUGACGUCUCUGUCAUGCUUCUCAAACCAUUCGCUGGAAGAUGCUUGAUGUCUCUGUCAUGCUUCUCAAACCAUUCGCUGGAAGAUGCUUGAUGUCUCUGUCAUGCUUCUCAAACCAUUCGCUGGAAGAUGCUUGACGUCUCUGUCAUGCUUCUCAAACCAUUCGCUGGAAGAUGCUUGACGUCUCUGUCAUGCUUCUCAAACCAUUCGCUGGAAGAUGCUUGACGUCUCUUUCAUGCUUCUCAAACCAUUCGCUGGAAGAUGCUUGACGUCUCUGUCAUGCUUCUCAAACCAUUCGCUGGAAGAUGCUUGAUGUCUCUGUCAUGCUUCUCAAACCAUUCGCUGGAAGAUGCUUGACGUCUCUGUCAUGCUUCUCAAACCAUUCGCUGGAAGGUGCUUGAUGUCUCUGUCAUGCUUCUCAAACCAUUCGCUGGAAGAUGCUUGAUGUCUCUGUCAUGCUUCUCAAACCAUUCGCUGGAAGAUGCUUGACGUCUCUGUCAUGCUUCUCAAACCAUUCGCUGGAAGGUGCUUGACGUCUCUGUCAUGCUUCUCAAACCAUUCGCUGGAAGAUGCUUGACGUCUCUGUCAUGCUUCUCAAACCAUUCGCUGGAAGGUGCUUGAUGUCUCUGUCAUGCUUCUCAAACCAUUCGCUGGAAGAUGCUUGACGUCUCUGUCAUGCUUCUCAAACCAUUCGCUGGAAGAUGCUUGAUGUCUCUGUCAUGCUUCUCAAACCAUUCGCUGGAAGAUGCUUGACGUCUCUGUCAUGCUUCUCAAACCAUUCGCUGGAAGGUGCUUGAUGUCUCUGUCAUGCUUCUCAAACCAUUCGCUGGAAGAUGCUUGACGUCUCUGUCAUGCUUCUCAAACCAUUCGCUGGAAGGUGCUUGAUGUCUCUGUCAUGCUUCUCAAACCAUUCGCUGGAAGAUGCUUGACGUCUCUGUCAUGCUUCUCAAACCAUUCGCUGGAAGGUGCUUGACGUCUCUGUCAUGCUUCUCAAAACAUAUUCAAACUAUCCUGGCUCAGUGAGUGGGUGCAUUAUUGUCUUGAAAGUAGCCAUCACCAUCAGGGUCCAAGUGCAGCAUUGUUGGACAAGAUCCGCAACAAUGCUUAAUUAAACUACAGCAUCUGUUUGGGCUUCCCAGAGUAAUCAGGGGACCAGGGUAUACCAGGUGGCCAUGUCCCACACCAGGGCAAUGCCAAAUCAGUCGCGUAGAUCCAUCCUAAUAGAGUGGCCAUGCAGUGGGUAGAGAUAUUGAGGCUUUUAGCUCUGGGAGACUUACAGACGCUAAUGAAGUUGAUCUUGUAUUUACUAUACAUGUUGUAGUACAAUCAAAAUACACAUUACUACCUCCAAGGGCCUUCUAUUACCUCAGUUUCAAUCUGAAUAUCUGCUUAAAUGCACGUGGCCAGAGGAACAGCAAGAACAUCAUAAAAUUUUUAUAUAUAUAGUUUAUUUUUGUGGGGGAUAAAUUUUAUAAGACUGUUCUUUGCUGCCUCUUUUGCCACUGCUAGAUAAGACUGGACAUUUAUCCUUUAUUUUAUUUUUAUUUUUUAUUCUACAUUUUAUGCAAUACAGUAGUUGCAUUAGCAGGGGGAAAGUAUGAAAUGCUUAACUGCAGUUUGUUUGCCUUUUCCCUAUACUAUUUGAGUCUUCUAGCUGGCUUUUCUGUUCACAUAGAGUUGCUGUCUUUGAUUAUACUUUGAAUUGCUUUGCUUGUUAAAACAUUUGUUUAAUGGAUUAUCACAACCUUGUUCAGAACAUUAAACUGUAUAACCUC